GUGCGCGUGGCCUCGCCCGGGAGCAACCGGGUCGCCUAUUACACGGGCUUAUUUUAACUGCAUCGGCAAGAAGGAGAGGGAGAGAGAACCGAGGAUAAAACAACGGGAGGGAAGGAUUGGGGGACCGGAGGAGAGAAGAGGAGAGGCGGGAUGAAGGAGGAGACGCAGUGAACGACAGAGGAGGAGGAGGAGGGAGACUCGAGCGUUCGAGGCUCUCCUGACGUGCCUGGUGGUAUCACGUCCUGACUCCCCCCCCCCCCGUCAUGGCUCUGUCACUGUGGUUCCUGUUUGUGUCUGUCACCACCCUAACUCACGUUGCCCCCUCUGGCCAAGCGAUGUCCAGAGCUGCGAUUCCCUUCGGCAUCCUGAGGAGGGAGCUAGCGUGUGAGGGCUACCCUAUCGAGCUGCGUUGUCCAGGAAGUGACGUCAUAAUGAUUGAGACGGCAAACUACGGACGCACGGACGAUAAGAUCUGUGACGCGGACCAAUUUCAGAUGGAGAACACACAGUGUUACCUCCCAGACGCACUCAAGAUCAUGGCCCAGAGGUGUAACAACAGGACCCAGUGUGUAGUGAUAGCAGGAGUAGAUGUGUUUCCAGACCCCUGUCCUGGUACAUACAAAUACCUGGAGAUACAGUAUGAAUGUGUUCCUUACAAAGUGGACCAAAAAGUCUUUGUGUGUCCUGGUUCUCUCCUGAGCGUUCAACCGGCUACUUCCUUAUUGGAGGCAGAGCAUCAAUCUGGGGCGUGGUGUAAGGACCCGUUGCAGGCUGCUGAUAGGCUGUAUGUCAUGCCCUGGACACCCUAUAGGACGGAAGUUCUGUAUGAGUAUGCUUCAUGGGACGACUACAGGCAGAACAGAGUCACCACCACUUACAAGCUGCCGAACCGCGUCGACGGUACAGGCUUCGUGGUCUAUGAUGGAGCCGUGUUCUACAACAAGGAACGCACGCGCAACCUGGUCAAGUACGACCUCCGCACGCGCAUUAAGAGUGGCGAGGCGGUGGUGUUGAACGCUAACUACCACGACACUUCUCCGUAUCGGUGGGGCGGGAAGAGCGAUAUCGACCUCGCUGUGGAUGAGAACGGACUGUGGGUCAUCUACUCAACUGAAGCCAACAAUGGACGUAUAGUUGUCAGUCAGGUAAACCCUUACACGCUGCGUUUCGAGGGCACGUGGGCGACCAGCUUCGACAAGCGCGGGGCGAGCAACGCCUUCAUGGCGUGCGGAGUGCUAUACGCGGUGCGCUCCGUCUUCCAAGACGACGAGGGACAGACAGACAGAGGAGGAGGUGGUGGAGGGGAUAUGGUGUUAUAUGCGUUUGACACCAGUAGAGGGCGAGAGGUGCCGGUCCAGAUCCCCUUCCCUAACCCCUACCAGUAUAUAUCAUCUAUAGACUACAACCCACGGGACAACCAGCUGUAUGUGUGGAAUAACUACUACGUGCUGAGAUACCCUCUGCAGUUCAGACCGCCCCAGCCUACCAAAGGUCCUCUCUCAUCUCUAAUGACUACAGUGGGGUCCUACACAGCCACCGUAGCGCUGACCCCAGUACGACCUUCAGCCUCCAAUCCCAUCGGGGUGACCAGAGGGGUACAGUGGCCCCCUACACCUAAAGGAGAGAUGGUGGAGAGACCAUGUCCCAAAGGAUCACUGGGUAUAGCAUCGUACCAGUGUGUGUUGUCCCCGGUAACCUGGAACUCCAGAGGGCCUGACCUCAGUAACUGUACCUCUCCCUGGGUCAGUCAGAUAGCACAGAAGAUAAAGAGUGGGGAGAAUGCAGCUAACAUCGCUGGUGAGUUAGUAAACCUGACGAGGGGGCGGGUCUACGCCGGUGAUGUCAGCAUGUCAGUCAAACUUCUAGAGCAGCUGUUGGACAUCCUGGAUUCUCAGCUUCAGGCCCUACGACCAGCCAACAAGGAGUCUGCGGCACGCAACUACAACAAGUUACAGAAGAGGGAACGCACCUGUAGAGCUUAUGUCCAGGCGGUGGUUCAGGUAGUUGAUAACCUGUUGGGUCCUGAAGCUCUAGUCUCCUGGGUUGAUAUGAGGACCACUGACCAAUCACGCUCUGCCUCUCUGCUAUUGGACGCCAUGGAGAAAGGAGCUUUUCUAUUGGCUAACAACAUCUACGAGGGGCGAUUCAGCGACAGAGCGCCCAAUGUUG